ACAACAGACGUCGAGGCGAGAGCACGCGGCCUAAAAGACGUGCGCAUGUCAAGUUGCGAGCUGCGUUUGGUUUUCGAUUCGAGCCACAUGGCGUAUACGCGAUACGGUCUGUUCCACUGCCACUGCCUGCAUUGAGUACCGAGUCAAUAUGGUCGGCGGUCAGUACUGCGGUCAGUAGCAGAUAAUGUGUCAAUAAUUGAACUGGGCAAUCGGCAUUGCUCGAUCAGUAUGUGAAUAGCCGACACUCAACUGGAAAGGAACUUCGAUAUGGUCAGCGCACCAGGUGAUGUGAUUGGAAACAAGCGAAGCUAAGUGCAUCCCAUAGCCAUUGCCAAUUUGCGAGCUCAGCGGCUGUCUCGAUGGCUUGCCGCGGCUCCGAGAACAAAUAGCGCAUAUCUGUGACCCGAGAGCCAUGUUCGAUUGAAUGCGGCAGCAGCAGCAGCACCAGCACGAAUCUGCAACACUGCAGCAGCAACAGCGGCAUCAGCAGCAUCCGCAGCAUCAGCAGCAACAACAGCAGCAAGAGCAACACCAACGAGCAACAUGUUGACCACCCACCAUCUGCACCACCUGCACCACCAUCGCGGCAGUACGGCCGUGGAGCUGGACAAGAUCACCAACCUGAAUACGCUCAUCGUGGAGAUCAACAGCCAUGUGGCGCUAUUCCGGGACAUGCUGAUACACGUUGGCCAGGCCAAGGACUGCCCCGAGCUCCGGGAGAAGAUCCGCAAGCUGCGUCGCACCUGCGUGGAGGCACUCAAGCACACCGCCCAGAUCCUGAUGCCCCAAGUCAAGAGCGCCAUGGCCGAUGGCAUCCUCACCGACAACCCGCACUUGGUGCUCCUGUUCUACAUGGCCCAGUUGUUCCUACGUGAACUUGUGAAAAGCUAUCGCCUCAUACAAGUCGUGCCAAUGGAUAUGUCCGGCUAUUAUGAGAACCGAGCCGGGCCCUCGAACCUGGGCAAUGUCAUCAGCCAGAUAUUGUUGUGCAAACAGUUCACGCCCGACUUCAACGAGGAGGAAUUAUGCAGCAUCACCAAGGAUUCGCAGGACAUCGCCGUGCUCCUGGCCGAGAUGCAGGAGUACAUGCCCCAGCACGAGGCGUACUUGGAACGCAACGCGGCACUGGACACAACUGGACCUUGGCAGGCCAAGCGGCGCCAGAACUACAUCUGCAAGAACAUGAGCCUGCUCUGCUGCGUCUCCAGGCCGAACUAUCUCUGAGAGCAGGCGGAUGGUGUGUAGUCCGAUGCGGACUAGGAGGAGGAGGAGCCAGGAUGCGAGCCAGUCACCGCACUCAACCACUACUUAUAUCAAUUACUAGCGCCUAAGCUGAGCCUGCAUACCCGUAGAGCAAAUUCUAGAUCUUAAGCCGAGGAGCGGAACACUCAAUUAGCAUUGUAAAUUAAUCAAAGGUCGACAGAGACAUGUGUAUAAUCAAAGUUAAUUAUGCUGCAUAAACAAUAUUAAUGUAAAACCAAUCACACAAUAUGGAUGUGGUGAGUACGUUAUAAGGACGCAUAAGCAUACAUAGUGGAGCGCAGCCAGUUAAGACUUUUUAGGCCAUUAAAAUGUAGUCACUGUAUAGACCCGAGCAAAACCACACACAUACAUUAUCCGGAAAUGGAAAUGGAAUGGU